AUGGUCCUGAUACACACCAAAACGGAGGAGGAGAAGCACCAAUUCUUGUUCGAAACGAACGUGGACGUUUUGGUCUCCCAUUUGAAGGAGGACCUGGUGCAGCUGCACAACCUCAGGUGCAAAAUGCUCAGGCUGCUUGACGCGGCGACCGAGUUGGCCAACCAUGGCCCCCUGCGGCCGGAGGCCAUUCGGGGAAUCACCGAUGAGGAGCUGCGACUGUCCAACCCUGACAUCUAUAACCCGAAGGAAGCGACAAAGCCUGAUGAGAAUAAUUUCAGAACGGGCGUUCCCCCUCCUCGUGAGGGGGAGCUCCAACUGAGGGAUGCCAUCAACAGGGCGAAGCGGGCGCUGGCCGUGGACCAGACGGAGAAGGGCGCCCCGUUAACCCUGGACAAACUGAACGAACUGCUGAAGUGGAUGGGGGAAGCCCUGAGCGCCUGCUACCCAUCGAUGGAGGGCCUGCCCCCCUACGACCCCACGAGGCUCCUCCUGGAAAAUGAAAACGCCUUCAACGAUCACUUCAGCACAAACGAGACGUCCAUCUGGUGGGCAGGCAAAGAACUGCGCGGGGAUUCCCCCCUACGCAGUUACAUAGGGAGGAACGAAAAGACGAAGAUAAUUAUAAAGCUGCACCCAACCAAAAUGGGACCCCCCGAAAGGGAGAGAAAAAUUGAUGAAGCAACGUACAGAGCUAUGGUGGCUUACUACCACAAGAAAAAAAAGGAGGAAAAAGAAUUUGAAGAAGACGACGAUGACUCCUACUUGAAUUCUGAGUGGUCCAGUCCCCUCAGCCUGCAGAAAUACCUGCACGGGAAUUUGGCCAACAUCCGGUGGAAGCCCUAG